AUGUUUGAAAGCCUCACCUCUCGUCGCCCUCUCAAAGCGAACCGCCACCAUGCAAACGUCCAGGCCGAAAAACCCUCUACGAGCUCCAGGGCACCGAAGAAGGAACCAGUUCCUACUUUGAAUCCGACAAGCUCAUAUAGCCCCCCUGUACGCCCGGAAUAUGCGGAUGUUGAAGCCAUGAAAUACUGGAAUCGUCUGUUCCCUAUCGCAAUGGACAUGUUCAUUUCGACUGCACCGUCGUCGAAACCACCAUCUCCGGAAUACAACAUUCGCGACAAACGGGAGUGGAAUAGCGUCUACCACGUGCUAGAAAAAGCGCGGUCUCAAUACCAGAGCAAGCGAGGCGCUGUGGGAAAGCUGAAUUCUCAUCUGCGAAAGGGGGCCGAUAACAUCGCCCCUGUAGCCAACGCCGUGAGAAUCGCCUCAAAACUUGCUCCGAAGGACGCGUUUGCGACGCCCAUUCUGGGGACCAUUACUCUACUGCUAGAUGCCGUCAAGAACUCUUCUAUUUGUCGCCAACAGGCUUUGGAGGGACUCAGUAACCUCACUGGCAUGUUUUCAGAUAUUGAACUGUAUCUUCAAUGUUUCCAAGGGGACGAGAAUAUCCAAGAUGCGUCAAUCAGUGUGACCGUGGCCGUCCUAGGUGCUGUUGAGCGGGGCAUUGCCUUCUUCAUGAGCGUCCAAACAACUCGGAUAUUGAAUUCGGGUGCAUUGGGGGACAGCUACGGUGCAAGCCUUGUAGAUGCUCUAAGCCUAAUAGAUCAGAAAUGUGAACUUCUAAUGCAGGAAGCCAACAAAUCGCAGAUAUAUAAAACCACUUUACUCACUCGGCAGUCAAUGGCAUUGAUUGACAAAAUACAGCAGAUGACUGAGCUCCUGGCUGAAAAAGAUCAGGAGCUCAAACGAAAGGAUGACGAGCUCCUAGCUGCGAAGCAACAGAUCUUUCUGCUUCAAUCAUCAAUGAACUCCAAGCAGCAUGGCUCCAUGGGCAGGUCUCAACCUGGGUAUCCGAGCAAUCAGCCCCUCAAGGUGGAGGUCAAGUCCCAAUCGCAGGCUCCACGAGUUGGCAGAAGGUACUGA